AUGGGAGGUUUCUUGUCUGUCUCAAUAUCAUGUGACCAAAUCUUGAAUCGAGCCACUCAAUGGUUCAUUGAUAAAGAGAGUUACAUCCAUAACCUAGAGGAGAAUCUCUCGGUUUUGGAGAGAGCCACGGAAGAGCUCAAGGCAAGGCGAGAUGAUUUGCUUGGAAGGGCCAAAAGAGAAGGAGAAGACAGAAAUCUACGAGUGCUUUCCCAAGUCCAGGUAUGGUUUAAGAGAGUCGAUUCCAUCGAACAGCAAGUCAAUGAUCUAUUAGGUGCUAGAAAUUUUGAACUUCAAAAAUUGUGUGUUUGUGGGUUUUGCUCCAAGAAUCCAAAUUCUAGCUAUCAUUAUGGGAAGAGAGUUUUUUUGACGUUAAGAGAAGUUGAUGAUCUCAAAACCAAAGGGGUUUUUGACGUGGUGGUUGAGCCACCUGUGAAAGCUAAAGUCGAAGAAAGACCUAUCCAGCCGACGAUCGUUGGUCAAAAUGAAAUCUUCGAUCUUGCAUGGAACCGGUUUAUGGAUGACAAAACCGGAGUUAUGGGACUAUACGGUAUGGGAGGAGUAGGAAAAACCACCAUCCUCACGCGGAUCAACAAUAAGUUAGGUCAAACGAGUGAUGGGUUUAAGAUUGUGAUAUGGGUCACAGUUUCUAGAGACUCUCAGGUUGGGAAAAUCCAAGAUGAUAUUGGUGAAAAGCUUGGCCUUCGUGGAGAGGAGUGGAGCCGUAAAAAGGAAAGCCAAAAGGCAGUGGAGCUGUAUAGUUCCUUGAAGGACAAGAAAUUUGUGUUGUUGUUGGACAACCUAUGGAGGAAGAUAGACCUAGAAGAGAUUGGGAUCCCAUUCCCGACGGUGGGAAGUAAACGCAAAGUAGCAUUCACCACUCGUUCACGUGAAGUAUGCGCACGCAUGGGAGUGCAUGCACCAGUGGAGAUCCAAUGUUUGUCGGCUGACGAUGCAUGGGUUUUGUUCCGGAAGAAGGUUGGAGAAGACACGUUAAAGAGUGAUCCUGACAUUCAAGAACUUGCAAGAAGAGUUGUCGAGAAAUGUGGUGGUUUGCCAUUGGCGCUCAACGCCAUUGGGGAGACCAUGGCGUGUAAAUCAACAGCACAAGAAUGGCGUCGCGCUGUUGAUGUUUUGACUUCAUCUGCUUCAGAGUUCUCGGGAAUGGAAGACGACAUUCUUCCGGUUUUGAAGUAUAGCUACGACAGCUUGAAGGGUGAACAAGUGAAGUUGUGUUUCCAAUAUUGUGCUAUGUUUCCUGAAUAUUAUCUAAUAACGAAAGAUAGGUUGAUAGACUAUUGGGUAUGCGAAGGGUUCAUCGAUGGAAAUGAAGAUAGAGAAAAAGUGGUGGACCUAGGUUAUGAGAUCAUUGGUACUCUCGUUCAUACAUGUUUGUUGAUGGAAGAUGGAAGGGACAAUAGGAAAGUGAAGAUGCAUGAUGUGGUACGUGAAAUGGCUUUGUGGGUAGCAUCUGAAUAUGGGAAGCAUAAAGAAAAUCUUGUUGUGCAAGCAAGAUUCAAGUUAUCUUCAUUACCAAAGAAUAUCAAGAACUGGAGUGAUGUGAAACGGAUAUCACUGAUGUGUAAUGAGAUUACAUAUUUAUCCGACAUCCCUAGAUCUCCCAAACUUGUGACUUUGUUCCUUCAAGAGAAUCAGAAACUGGAAAAGAUCACAGAGGAGUUCUUUACGUGUGUGCCAAGGUUAGCUGUUUUGGAUCUGUCAAAGAACUCUUACCUUACCGAAUUGCCAGAGCAAAUAUCGGAGUUGCUUUCUCUAAAGUAUCUCGACUUGUCAGAUACAUCAAUACAAAGAUUGCCUAUUGGUAUAAGAGAGUUGAGAAACUUGAUACAUUUGAACUUGGAGCGCACAAAGAGUCUUGAAUGUAUCGUUGGGGUAUCAAGGUUAUCGAGGUUGAAGAUAUUGGGAUUAAAGUAUUCAGCUCUUCCGCUAGAUCUUAGCUCACUGAAAGAGCUACAAGCCAUGGAUCAUUUAGAUAUUCUAACCCUAAGUGUUUCUUCAGUCUCAAGAAUGAAACAACUCUUAAGUGCAUACAAGUUGGCAAGCCUUGUUACCGAUCUAUCUAUCGACAGCUAUCUUAAGAUAGAAGGGUUUAAGAUGCCAACUAUGGAUAAAUGUCGUCGCCUCCGCAUAAGCACUUGUGUUAUAUGGGAGAUAAAGAUUGAUAGGGCAUAUAAUGAAACUCCAUGCUUCCCUAACCUCUCAUAUGUGCAUAUAAGUGAGUGCAACAUCAACCUAAAGGAUCUAACAUGGCUGAUGUUUGUUCCAAAUCUAUCUAAGCUCACCAUUGUCACCGCAAAGCAGCUAGAGGAUAUAAUAAGCAAAGAGAAAGUGGAGUCAGUUACUAAACCUUUUCAAAAGCUAAGGUUUCUACAACUCCAUGGUUUACCUAAGCUCAAAAGCAUUUACAAGAGUCCUCUACCGUUUCCUUGUCUUAUGAAUAUCGAUGUGAGGGAGUGCCCGAUGUUGAAAAAGCUUCCACUCGAUUCUAAAAGCAACAUGGGACAAGAACUUGUGAUAGAGUACGGAGAGAGGAAAUGGAUAGAAGAAAUUGAAUGGGAAGAUGAAGCCACCAAAGACCGUUUCUUAUCUUCAUGCAAAUUCAAAGAGGCCAAAUAA